AUGAAGUUCACCACCGCCAUCUUCACCCUCAUCUCAGCUGCAGCUGCCGUCUCGGCAGCUGCCAUUGACACCAACGAAUCCGGCCUCUCUGCGCUCGGAGAGCGCAGCUUCGAGCUCAAGGCUCGUCAUGUCGAGAGCGCAGCUCGCGACACUCAUGAUGUCGAGAAGCGUGACUGGGUUUCCAAGUGGGGUAAAGCCACCUGGUACGGUGGCAACCAGCUUAAUGACCCCGCUUGCGGCGGUCCCACCCCCAACGACAACUCGAUGAUCGCUGCCGUGAAGAAAAACGGUGGCUACGGCAAGUGCGGUGAAACCGUUCACCUUCAUUACCAGGGCAAGAUGGUUUCUGUUAAGAUUGUCGACUACUGUUCCAGCUGUGGUUGGGGCCAUUUCGAUUUAUCUCGAGGUGCUUUCAAGAAGCUUGCAGCGAUCGAUCAAGGCGUUAUCGAAGGCUUGCACUUCAAGCUCUUCACCAAGGACUAA